GACGGCGCAGGAUCUAAAACCGCGCUAGGCGCUGCUCUCCACGCUCGCUCGGGUCGCUCUUCUCUUACCCGUGGAUAUACCCGGUGCUUUUUCGUGGGGGAAGAACUCGAAACACGCAUAUCCCUGUGGCUGCCUUUGCCCGCGCGCAACAUAUACACCGACCUACCGCCUUCUGUCCGCCCGGAGUUACGAGUGGCACACGCAGUAGUAGUUACGGUCAGGGAGGAGGGUCGGCCGCCGUCUACGCGGACAGCUCUCUCGCGCGUCUCCUCUUCUCUCUCUGCGCGACACCGGUUCGUUCAGUAAUCGCCGCGAGGAGGAACGCGCUUCUUCUUACGCGACUCCGUCGUCGACCCCGGGUUUUUGCCUUUAUCGAAGGGAUAUCAGUUUCGACGCGUACGCCGGUUGUGUGCGUCGAUCCCGCGCGCACGUUCGAACUACGCGCACGAUCCAUCGAUCGAUCGGUCGUGGCAACGCCGCCCGGAUUUAAAGCGCCAAGUGGACUGUUUUUUCCCCCCUUGGGUGGCAGAGUGCUUACGAGCUACGCCGAGACACGGGUCACGGCUGUUCUCAGUGUAAACGGAGUCCCUCGCGCGCGAACGUGUCCCUUUAAUCUGGUCCGACUCCGUUUCCCCCCUGCUGCGUAGUGGAACCGCGGGACGACGCGUUGACUUGGCGCCAAUACUCGAAGGAUGUAACAGCCGAGCAUCGUCAGUGACCAUACAAAACCGGGGGUGUUUUGCGUCGUUUGUGAAACAGUGCUCCGAUCAACGGGACGCGGUACAGUGGACAAGAGCAGCCCCGACCAAUAAUUACGUGAUUAGCGAUCGUGUUCGUUAGUGAUCCGUCGGGUUUCGGUUUCGGAGCAGCGCAAACGCGAGUUCUAUCCGUCGGUGAUCGAGUAGUCUCUACCGCGAAUUAUUCGUACCAAGUCUCGUCUAACACGACCUAGAAGAAUCUAGUUACCUGAGUUACGCUCCAUUAAAUUCGAGGAACGAUACAGAGGAUUCCCAGCGUGCGCAUGAGAGACCACGUGCUCAAGUGAUCAGAGAGGAUAAUGUCGCGGCAGUGACGCCACGCAGAGGCAAGGUCUCUGGGCGUCUGGUCAGCGGGUACUUCCGGCGUUGGCCGCGACGAUGAGGAAGCACGCGUGUCCGGCCGUAGCCGUGGUCCUCCUGCAGCGUUCAAGCGUGCGUCCCGAGCUCUGCUGACGCUCGCUCCGAUUCAUCGCCGUGUCACAGCGUCUCGUCGUCGGUCGACUCGGAUCCGGGGUUCGUCGAGGGCCGACGGUGCCGCCUCAUUUCAGCGUCCAUCAGCCCCGAACGGGAACGGGACGACGUCUCUGCACGCCGUCGGGUCGGCGAACGACCCGCGAACAUCGCCAAGGACUCACUGCCGACGGCCACCAGCGGAUUUUCACCUGUGCAUCUGGGCUCCAGACGAGGCUGAUCGCGCGAUCAUAAGUGCGACGAACGGGCAUACGCCGCGAAUAGUGCGGGAAUCGCGUGUGUGUGUGUGAGAGAAGUGGUUACUUGCUUAUACUGUGGGAAAAUACAGCCGCUACGGUGGCUCAGCACGCAGAGUUCCCCGGCGCGGCCAGGGCGUUCAUGGCGCAGCCAAGGUACGACGAUGGCGGGCUGCACGCGAGUUACCUCGAGGGCGGAGGUGGCGGCGGUGGUGCAGGGCUGUACGACCCGCACGGGAGCGCCCGGGGUGUACCAGGCCUCCAUCACAGUCCACACCUCGGAGGUAUGGGACCAGCACACCCCCAGUACCCUCCGCCACCGCCACAGCCACCCCAGCAUGUACUCGCGGCGGCGGCCGCGGCUGCUGCGUCUGCGGUGCCUGAUGUCCACAAACGCGACAAGGACGCCAUCUACGGACACCCCCUGUUCCCGCUUCUCGCGUUGAUCUUCGAGAAGUGCGAGCUGGCGACGUGUACACCUCGUGAACCAGGUGUCGCGGGCGGUGACGUGUGCUCGUCAGAGAGCUUCAACGAGGACAUCGCUGUCUUCUCCAAACAGAUCAGACAAGAGAAACCCUACUACAUCGCGGAUCCGGAGGUGGACUCGCUGAUGGUCCAGGCGAUCCAAGUCCUCCGGUUUCACCUCCUCGAGCUCGAAAAGGUUCACGAGCUGUGCGACAACUUCUGCCACCGGUACAUCAGCUGCCUGAAGGGCAAAAUGCCGAUCGACCUGGUGAUCGACGACAGGGAGAGCUCGAAACCCCCCGAGAUCGGUAACGGUCUGGACGGUGGCGGACCGAGAAGCACCGCGGACAGCACCAGCCACACGGACGGAGCCAGCACGCCGGACGUCAGGCCACCCUCUUCGUCGCUCUCGUACCCCGGAGCGGGUGGAAACGACGAUGCACGUAGCCCCGGAAGCGGGGGCACGCCAGGACCCCUCAGUCAACAAGCGCCCACCAGUCUGGACUCUUCGGAUCCCGACGCCAUGGGUAAGUGUUGGCGACUCGAUUCUCCUGGCUGGAUCCGUGGCCGCAGUAAAUGGUGUCCGCGUAGGGAAUGGAGUUCGCCGCCAGACGCGCAGCGAGCGGCUAGCGACGCGCGUCGUGGCGUUCUUUACUCUUCCGUCUUCCUCGGUAGUCCCGGUGACGCGAGUAACGCGAGUAUCGGCAGCGGCGAGGGCACCGGCGAGGAAGACGACGAUUCUACGGGUAAGAAGAACCAGAAGAAGAGGGGUAUCUUCCCCAAGGUCGCGACCAACAUCCUCAGGGCGUGGCUGUUUCAACACCUCACGCAUCCGUACCCUUCGGAAGACCAGAAGAAGCAGCUGGCACAGGACACGGGGUUGACGAUCCUUCAAGUUAACAACUGGUUCAUCAACGCGAGGCGUAGAAUCGUCCAGCCAAUGAUCGACCAGAGCAAUCGAGCCGUGUUUCCACCAUUGUCCGCAGGUCCGAGCGGGGCGUACAGUCCGGAUGCGACGAUGGGCUACAUGAUGGACGGACAGGCGGCGAGCAUGAUGCACCGGCCGCCUGGCGAUCCCACCUUCCACAAUCAGUACCAUUACCCGCCAGAGUACUAUGGACAUCACUUAUAAAGCAGUAGUCGCUAGUAGACGAUGGAAUGACGGUCCUUGCGGAACGGGAAACAUGGAAGCGUGACGGAGGCACCGUGCUCCGAUCUGGCGUUGAAGCAGGGGGUGAAUCAGCGUGGGUGGACGACUUCUCGGCCACGCUGCGCCUCGAGACACGCGGUGUCGGACGCUCGGUACGGAGAUGCUCUGGAUACUCUGGAAGCAGCCAUCGAUCGAGGCUGAUCGAGGAAUCCCAAGGAAGAAAAAUCUCCGUGAACGAUUAAACGAGAAUGGCCCGACGCGUUUAGGAUGGCGUCGAGACGCGGGAUACCGGAAGCAAGGUUGGCGAAGGGAAGAAGAGGGUAGUGCGGCUUCGACGAACGUGGGACGAGAAGCCGCGUGGAAAUUCAUGUGAUUGUUCUGUGUACAAAUGUCGCGGUGUAAUAUUUGUAGUGAUCGAAGAAUUUAAAUGUUAAAUUUUAAUACCGGUCGAGCUAUAAUUAACGAAAAUGGGAGAAGAACAACGGGGAGGGGGGUCAAAGGGGGUGAAGUAACACGAGUGAUAUAGGCAAUUUAGCGGGCGUGUACAUUAAAGGGAAGAUAAAGAAAGAGAUGGUGAGAGAAAACGAGAGAAGAAACCCGGUGCUCGCACGGAUCCGUGAUAGAUAGGGAUCGUUCACUGUGCAAAAUGGCGACGGAGAAACGCAUAGAACGAAAACGGUGGUUGCAGGAGGAAUGGUGACCAGGGACGGAAAAAAAUAAGAUCGAGUAAUGUAUAUAUAUAUACACAAACAGGCGCGCGUGUGCGCAUUGCAGUGACGCAUCCAUGUGUAUAGAUAUAUACGGUUAUAUAAAUAAAUAUAAAUAGAGAAAAGAAUUUUAGAGGCGCGGUGUUUAAAAGGAGUAAAAAGUCGAUGAACGAAGGGAUAAAAAUGCAAACGAUUUUAACCAAGUCGCGCGCACGCUAUAUACAUAUAGAUCUAUAUAUAUACAAAUAUAUAUAUAUAUGGCUAUAUGAAGAUUCGCAGCAAGACGAGACGUAAAACGGAUUUAAAGUAAAAAAAAAAAAGAAGAUGAAGAAACUGGAAACCGUUAGGACGAGGAAUGAAAUCGACGCGUGUGCCGGACUCGAGCGUCGACUACAUUCACUUGCAUAUAAAUAUAGGUGACAUUGAAAUUUGUACAGUUAUUAAUUAUAAAUGAAUUUACUAAUUAAAGGAGGAAGUAAUUAUAUAUAUAAAUAUAUACAUAACUGAAGUAACAUGUGGCCCCGGUUGUAAUAUAUAUAUAAGCGAGCGUUUUAAUUGGACUGGGACGAUUAUUUUUCGCGUGUGUUGCCGUGCUUCGGUGCGCGUAGAGGGAGAGCAAAGAUGGCGUCGCAAAACUUAUGGCGAAAGAGAAGGGUCACAGGUGUAACGAUACAAGUGUACGAGCGCGUGUAUGUGUGGAUAUUACAUACGCUGAAACGACGACUGUGACGAAUUAUAUACGUAUAUAUAUAGCAAAAAAAAAAUAUAUAUAUAUAUAUAAAUAUAUAAAUACAAAAAGUAUAAAUACCUGCGAGGAUCAGACGCUCUUCGUCGUCGGUUCCCUUCUACCCCCACCUGAUCCGACUUCACACAGUGGGAAAGAGAGAGAAAGGCAGACACACACAGAACUCGGUACUCCAUACACAUCUACAACUAAAACACACACGGAUACACCAGGUAUACAUACACACAGGCGAGUGUGAAAAGAGCGUUAUUACCCCCCCAGCCCCGUCUGCCCACACCGUAAGAAUAAUUAAAUGAACCCGCAAUGGGCGAACGAGUACACGAUUACAGUUUAUCAUAUAAUAUAUUGUGUAUAAAUAGUUAAUUGAGCAGCGGCGAACGUGGAGAAGGGUGACGGGCGGAAUUCGAUUGGGAGGGCCCUGAAAUGCCUUCCGGGCUCGUUGGUGCUCGUCUGCUCCAUUUUUCUUGAGGAAAGAAGCAAACGGACCAGUGAGAUCCUCGGAUAGGGCUGAGAAUUGGAGGAGGCGAGCCAACGGUGAUGGUCGAGGGAGGUUUCUUUCUCUUCUUUACUCUCCUGUUAGGGUGGCGUGUUCUGGACCUGGGCUUCUCGUUCGACGAAAGGUGGGGUUUAUUUUUGUUUCGAUUUUAGAGAAUUUAAAAGGUGCUUUUUCGUAAAUUGAAUUUUCCUAAUGUUAUGUUCCUUCGUUUAUUUCUGUUUAAUUAGUAAAAUCAAUGCCCAGGUAUUUAAUUGUGGAAUAAAAAAAAAGACAUACAUAAUAGGCGCUGUUUUAAUAUUUACAUAUGAAAUUUUCAUUCAUUCGAUCAGAUCAUUUUAUGAAAUAAAACUUUUGUUUCGAAAUUAAGUGCACUUAUUUUACCGAGUGAAUUUUUGAAAAAUCUGUCGAAUGCACUCAUAAUUACGAAGUCUCGUUAUACUACAGUAAUUUUUAGAAUAACUUUUUUGGUAGGUCGUACCAAAACUUUCUUAAUUAAUCUCAUUCUUACGACCCUUAUUUGAAUAUUCUUCUUCAAACCAUAGAAAUCUAGUUUUCUAUAAAUUCUCCGAUUUAAAAUUCAAGCAGGAGAUAAAGAAGGAAAAGAAACUAAAUACUCUGAGCAAGGCAGAUAAGGGCGGCACGUUUUUCGCGAGACCCUUUGUAACGAUACUCCGCGGAACGGAGCGUGUUUAUCACGAGAGGCUGAGAUCAGAGUGAAAGGGAGAGCGAGAACGUUGAAAUUGCAUUAAAUUAAACACGUCGAUUAUACGUCAGAGCGGAUUUGCCACGAAGCAACGAUCACGGGGGUCCCCCGUCGGGCGCGGGAAAUUUAAAAUCGCGCGGGAGAUUCGAAAUCGCGCGCCGAAACGCUUUCUCGGCGCACGGAUCGCGAUGCAACGAUGGGUAUCGAUCAUCGUUCCGAACAAUCUCGUGCUAGGAUCAACGAGAGAGCCUGCGGGGGAUCCGCGACGCGCAAGAUGGAGUGUGAGACCGUGAGAGAGGCUGCGAGAAAGUGAACGAACGAGAGAUACGCAGAGCAUACGAGACAAAUUUUAUCGAUAUUUUCAAUACGCCCGCAUACACGCAGAUCUUGUAUAAAAAUUUUAAUGUAAACACACUGCUCCUGCCGCGCGCCGAUGAUAGAAAGAAAUCAUUGAUGGUGAUCGGAGACGGGGGAAAUGUUAUUCGAAAAA